AUUGCUGUCGCAUUCCCAGAUCGCGUGGUAAAGUUGAAUCGGCAACUGCAAAAUUUACAGUCUCUUGAAGGAUAUAUUGUACGCAGCAGGGUGCCAUGGAGGUGACUGUCCACUUAAGCGGCCUUGUACCCUUCGGCUGUUACUGGAGGCAGACGAUGUCCUGGUCCGGUCGCCCGGUAUACAUGUUCUCGGGCGGCAGCGUGGACCGCUUGGUUUUCCACGAAGGAUUCGUGCCCAGGGGUCCAGACAACUUCAGUGCAUUUCAGGUGAUCAUGAAGGAAAGUGAGAGGCUCGGCACGUUUAUCACAGGAGCGUGGAUCACCACUGGACAAAAGGACGGCGCUACGAGCCACACAGCGGACGCAACGAUGGACAUUCUGCAUGAACGAUUGGAGGGUAUGAAUGCUCUCACAGAGAUGACCUGAAAUGCCCACUAAUAUCAUAGAAAACGGCAGGAAGUGGAAGAUGGAAGCUUGCGACGAAAAAAUCCGUAAAUAAAUUCCAGCCUUGAAGAAGACAAGUCCACUUGUCGAAACGUUGGCUGGAGCACCCAC